AUGGAACUCCCGGUCGAAACACUCAAAAUCGAAGUAACACUCUCACUCCUCCUCCUCCUUCUCCCCAUCGCCCCACAUGCCAGACUGGAAGGGUAAGUCCGCUCACUCUGGCAGUCUGGAAUGUUCGUUCCCUUUUAGACAAUCCGAGGAGCAACCGCCCGGAACGGAAGACAGUGCUAGUGGCCCGGGACAUAGCAGCACUCUGCGAGACCCGGUUUUACGAAUAAGGCCAACUGGCGUAGGUGGGUGCCGGCUACACCUCAAUCUAGAGCUGUCGCCCCAAGGUAGAGCAACGGGACAUGGGUGUCGCCUUUGCCAUCCAGAAUGACAUCGUGAGACGCCUGCCUUGUCAGCCGCAGGGCAUCAACGAUCGCCUGAUGAGCCUCGCCUGCCUCUUCGGGGAGACAACAUCAUCAGCGUCUGCGCUCCCCCAAUGACCAGCCCCGACGUCGCAAGGGCCAAAUUCUACGAGGACCUGCAUGCCCUCCCGAGGACUGUGUCGAAGGCUAAUAAGUUGAUUGUCCUUGGUGACUUCAACCCGCGCGUCGGCACAGACCGUGCUGACUGGGGAGGAGUGCUGGGUCCCCGUGAUCCUAACGGCCUCAAUGACAACGGCCUGCUCCGUCUACGAAUCUGCGGCUAA